CGUAUUACGUGUUCGAGAUACCCAUGAGCCGUGCAAAUGAGAAUGGGGUUCUCCUCGACGACGGGGAGUACCGCAGCAGCUGCGCCUCUGCCUCAUAUGAUCCCCAAGCCUACACAUCGCCACCGCUAUUGUAACAGCCGCAGCAGCAGCACAUCCCCAGCAGCAGCAGUGAGAUGGAGGCCGCAGCUGUCUCGUCCUCCUGUUCCAGUACCGCCUCAGGUGCUGCUCCCGUUGCGCCGCCCCCAGCAACCAUCACCAGCAAACAACCCCCGCCCGCUCCCGACCAAGCCUUCCCCACGUCGUCCUGUUGUUGACGCACCCGAUCACAGCAGCCACGACGAUGACGAUGGCGAUGAGUGCAGCAGCAGCAGCAGUGGCAGAAAUGUAAAGAAUUCGUCGUGUACUCCCACCGAUGUCCUCCGCCUCAUGGACGUCCUGCAGCUCCCCGUGGACGAGGACUUGUACGUUUCCCUUAUCAAGGAGUGCGCCGAGUAUCGGGACGCCGCCCAGGGCGCCAGAGUCUGCGCUCACAUCCGCCGUAGCCUCCCCGACCUCCUGCGCCGGCCCGCCGGCCUUCACCUCGCCAACCGCUUGCUGUUCAUGUUCGCCGCCUGCGGCCAACAGCACGUAGCCCGCCAGCUCUUCGACCAAAUGCACUUUAGAGAUGCCACCUCCUUGGCGGUCGUGAUCGCCGCCCUGUCGGCCAGCGGCAGCCACGGCGAUGCGCUGCGGCUGUUCGUGGAAAUGUGCGUGAGAAGCGGUGGUCGUUCGCCGGUGCUUGAGCCGGGUGUUUGCUGGCUGGAAGCCCUCGUCACCGUUCUCCGGUCGUGCGCUCGGACGAGAGAGCUGGGUUUUGGCCGGCAGGUUCACGGGCUGGCCAUCAAGGUGCUAGGAGGCGAUGACGCUGUUCUUCUCGGAGAUGUGGGCGAGUCGCUCAUCCAAUUCUACGGCAGACUUGGGCACCACGGCAGCGCCGUAAAACUCUUCGAGGGGACGCGGUCUCAGAGUGCAGCGGCUUGGACGUGCAUGAUCAGUGGGUACUCUAGAGAAGGGCGGUUCAAGGAGGCCAUCGGCGUCUUCAGAGAGAUGGGAAGAGCAGGACGGAGGAAGAACUGCCACGUUUUCUCGAGCACUCUCUCGGCAUGCGCGAAGAUGGGGGACGGUGGCUGGAGCGGCAAGCAAGUUCAUGCCGCUGCCAUCAAAUUGGGAACAAGCUCGGAUGGGUUCGUCUGUAGCAGCUUGGUAGACAUGUACAUGAAACACGAGCUUCCAACUGAGGCGCAGAGAGCAUUUGCGACGAUGGACGGCAUGCGAGACUGCGUGUGCUGGAAGUCUUUGCUCAUUGGCUAUGCGCGGAGUGGCUGCGGCAUGGAGGCUGUCAAGUUGCUGUAUGAAAUGAAGGCCGCAGGAAUCAACGUGCAAGAAUCGAUAGUCCACGAAGCAAUGACGGCUUUGGACAUCGUAAAACAGGUGCAGGAAACAUGAAGAUACGGCUAAUCUUCUCUAUUGUAACGUCAACUGGACCUGGAAGUCUUGCUUCAGAAAGAUCAAGACUUCUUGUACAGAUUCAGCUUUGUCGUUCUUCAUGAACAGACAAACCACCAUGAACGAAUUCUGCAAUCGAGCAAAGAAAUGAUCAGAGACGCAGCAGCAGAUGCAUGUCACAAUGAGUAUGUGAAUAGAUGUUCAAAUUGCACAAUCCAGACUAGCAGUCCACUGAUCAAUAGUAUGAAUCAUGUGCAAAUGUGUCAUCCACUCUGAUCACUUCAACGCAAACUUUAUUGUUCAUUUCAUUGUUCGCAAGAUGAAGAUAGAGGAACUUCUGAUUUGAUUGAUACUUUCUCAUGUUCCGCUGCAGGAACAUUGGUCGAGCUAUCUGACAGAUACACGUAUAUGAAAGCUAAAAUAUGGCCAUGCAGAAGCAACAGUGUUCCAUGAUGUUAAAGGACAUUGUAUAUGAACAUGGAGACAUAAAAAAAUCUGUAUACUCUAUUUGCUGUCAGCCUACAUGUCUCUGUUCCACAUGAUACUGUCUUAGAAUUUUGGAGUAUGUAACUAUGACACUGAAAAAGCUGUAUAAAAGUAUAUUAUGUUGGCUUUCUG